AUGUCCCCUGCACACAAUAAAACUCAAUGGAUCGACAUGACCCAAGGAUCACAGAUCCACAUGAUGCGGCCGGAUGCGAACAGUCCCGAUACGGUACGGAUCUGUCCUUUUUGUUUAUCUUUUCACUUGCCAGCAACGCCCUUUUCAGUCGAACUGUGUGCUCCGUCUGGCCAACGGAGAAAUCGUGAGCUACAACUCUUUCGUGUACACGGAAGUGAUGACAAACACGAAUUUCUCGAGGAAGGAUCUGAAGAUGUGUCUGGACGCCUUCCACAGAGACAUCAGUCUUUUUGUGCUCAACAAACCCGACUCCAUGAAGGUGAUCGCUCACUUUCAAACGAUGCGCGCCACCCGAACCAUCGACUACACUGUCAUCAAGAAUGCCGAGAACUUUGCGGUCGGUUGGAGCUCUUGCUCCGGAGUUUGAAGUCAUAUACGUCUCGUCCCAACACUCUAAUUUCAGAAAUGGCUGCCAGGAGAACUCAAAGUCUACCUUGCCACGAUCGAAAAGGACGGAAAACGUCAGGUGAACACGGGCGACGCACUUUUGGCCGUCGUGAAUCUUCUGAAGCGGCAGGGAUCUCAAGAGCAUGUGCAAUCGCAAGAGUUCCGCGUGGACAUGCUUCAGUACGUCGUCGGCUGGCGCGAUCAGCCCUUGAUCAGUCUCGACGAGCUCAAGUCGGUGCUCGAGAACUUUGACGUGGACAAGACCAAGAUCACGGUGAGAUUUUGGUAGUUUUCUGCAGCUUCAUCUAGUUUUCAGCUCAUUCCGUACUACUGCCAACAAUAUCGAAUCCGCCGGUGA